GAAAUCUGCAGUUUCAUAAUUUCAGGAGGUCCCGCUCGGCACCGUAGCAAUGUCGACUUCUGGGACCCUCAGCAAUUAUUAUGUGGACUCUUUUCUAAUUCACGAGGGGGACGAUCUGGUGCAGCCAAGGUUUGCCCCUGGAUCCCUGGCUCAGCCAGCAAGGCAAGCAGCAUCGGCCGAGCACCCUGAGUUCACCCCGUGCAGCUUUCAAUCCAAAUCGUCAGUGUUCAGCAGCCCUUGGAACCCAGUGCACCCCCAAACUGCUAACAAUGUGUCCAGUGUGUACCACCCCUAUGUGCACCAUCAGGCUUCCAUGUCAGCUUCUGACUGCAGGUACAUGCGCUCCUGGCUGGACCCCAUGGCUACUGGAUCCUUGCCUUUCCCUGCCUUCCCUUCCAGCAGGAGCUAUGGCAUUAAACCUGAACCGGUGGCUACAAGAAGGGGCGACUGCUCCACUUACGACUCUCGCUCUCUGCCUGUGUCGGACUAUGGCUGCGACUCCCCAGUUGACAGGGACAAGCCACCCGGCGACCCCCCAUUUGCUGUCACCAAUGAAGAGAAUCUCAGCAAUGGAGACAAAGCGCCAAUUGAUCCAAACAACCCGGCUGCUAACUGGUUGCACGCGAGAUCCACCAGGAAAAAACGCUGUCCCUACACCAAGCACCAAACCCUGGAGCUGGAGAAGGAGUUUUUAUUCAAUAUGUAUCUGACUAGGGACAGGAGGUACGAGGUCGCCAGACUGUUGAACCUCACAGAGCGACAAGUGAAAAUCUGGUUCCAAAAUAGGAGGAUGAAAAUGAAAAAAAUCAACAAGGAUCGCUCAAAAGACGAAUGAAUGAGAAAUAGAGAUUGAGAGGAGAGUGACUACCUGCCAAGCUCUGUGCUACUGUAUCCAGGCCUGCUGCGUCCCUGUCGCAGUCGCUCAUUUUUGUCACAAUAGCAGUUGCGUCACAAUCUUGGUUUUACAGAGGUACUGUAAUGCUACAAUUAUUUCCUUAAACAGGGGGCAUUAGGGAUGGUCUGGCAUUGGAAUCUACCUGCUCUGCCUCUACCCAACUACCUUUCCAUAGCGCACAACUGGGUACUGACUGUAUCAUAGACUAGCUGACAUGUGCUACAAUAGAAUUCGCUGUGUGCGGGGAGUAAACGGCUGCUGAUAUACUUGAAUAAUGUAUUUAUAGGAAACCUAUUUGUGACUCAACUUGUGAGCUUGAUUGCAGUUCAAGUUUUCGUGGUUUAAGCUAGGACUGAUUUAAACUCAGGUUGUUUAAUAUUAAAAAAAGGGGGGAGUAGUUGAGAAUUUAGAGACCUGUAAUGUUCGUUGUUGUUUUCGUCUAUAGAAAUCUAACAAAUUAUCCUUAUUAGUGUCCAGUUUAACCCUGCAGGGGUGUGUGUGUCAAUCAAAAGACUCCUAUAAUUUAAACAUUUGUAUCCACAAAUUAAUAAACAGUAGGAUGAGCUGUAUAUACGACCUAUAGGUCAAAAACGGUUGGGAGGGGGGUUAUUGCUUUUAUUUUAUUUUUUUGCACCAGUCAGCAAAUUUGGACAUACUAAUAUAUAUAUAUAUAUAGAUAUUUAUCCUAAAUUAAACAUAGGCCCUACUACCUAUUCUUCUACUGACUCAAUAUACUACAAUUAAAUUAAGGGUAAAUUAAACUGGAGUAUAGCAUACGUCUACCUGUUUAGGGCAAAAUAUAUAUAUAAAAUUUAAUUUAAUGCAGAACAUAUUCUUUAUAGUUUGCAAUAGUUACCUCAUGGCCUAAUGACCAAAAUGUUGUUUUAAGAUAUAUUUAUCUUUUUGCGUUGUUAAAUAAAUGUUACGUCUUUUUGUUA